AUGAGAAAAUAUAAACCAACAUAUAAAAUUAUUGUGAAUAGAGGAAUACCUUCUUUGAGAAACAAUUAAGAAUAAGAAGAAACAGAAUCACUUCCAGUCAUUAAACCUAAAUCAAUAGCAAUAGGCUCUACAAAGAAUUUUGAGAUAAAAAAGGUUAGAAUUAAAAAGGCCAUUACAGAGGAAAGAUAAGAGAUAAACUUAAAAUAGGGCAAAUUACAUCCCAUUUAAAAAGAAGAAUCUCCUCCAUUGAGUGAAAUAAGAUAGUAUCAAUCUUUAAUUGAUUAAAAACUAAAAGAAGAUAAUAAUAGAUCGGUAUCAACUAUCAAAAAAGAAAAAUAAAAUCAUUCGAAAUCGGAAGUAAAUGAAAAUUUAGAAGAUAAUUUAGAUGCAUAUGUAAAGAUUUAUUAUUCAAUAAUUAAUUUGAUGGAUACAAUGAGGAAAGUAAUAUUAUUUCAUUUUUAAUAAUUAAGAAUGUAAGCGAUUAAGUAGAAUAAAUAAACAGGUUUUAAGAAAUAAUUGAUGGAGUGCAUUUUUAAGCAUUAGAAAAUCUUAUAAUUGAAAAUAGCAAGAAAUUUAGAUAAAUUUUAAUAUUGAUAAAAUUAGGAGUAAUAAAUAAUAAAAUCAUAAAUAUUAGAUUGUUGUUAUAGUGAAUAGUUUUUUUGAUUAAUAGGUCUACUCAGCUAAUAAUGUGAAUUUCAGAAAUUUAUUGAUUUAUAAUCUUUAAAACUAUUUUUUUCUAGGAGAAUUCAUUAUUUAAAAAACAUAAAAAUAAGAAUUGGCUACUAUAAUUAUGUAAAACUAAAAGCAUUUCGGCAGUAAGAAAGUAGAGUCAAGUAUUUAGAUAAGAUAAAAUGUUGAAUUACUAUAAGGAUUAUAUAAGUCUAUAAGUAAGUAAUCCAAAGAUCUUUAUCAAUUUUUAAAUUCAUUUUUUAGAUUAAUCCCUAAUUAAAAAAUAGUUGAAAGUAAUUUAAUGCUCUAAAACUUUAUAUCCCUAUAUUUUACAAGAUAAUAAACUUAUCACGGAUUAUUGGGUAUUCCAUUGUUAAGUGUAGCUCAUAAACCCUAUCUUCCUAAUGAAACUACCCAUUAAUUUACACUAAUAUUAGACAUGGAUGAAACUUUGAUUCAUUUCGUUGAUUAAACUAAGAGCUUUUUAGUAAGACCAUAUGCAGAGUAAUUUCUAUAAGAAAUGAGUAAAUAUUAUGAAAUUGCAGUAUUUACUGCUGGAUUACCAGAUUAUGCUAAUUGGGUUCUUGAUUAAAUUAUUUUUAAUAAAUACAUCUAAUAUAGAUUAUAUAGAUAACAUGCUAUGUAAUAUUAAAAACAUUUUGUUAAAGAUUUGUCAAGACUGGGCAGAAACAUGGCUAAAUGUAUAAUAGUAGAUAACAUUGCAGCAAAUUAUUAACAUUAAGAAGAAAAUGGGAUUUAAAUUAAGACUUGGUAUAAUGACUCAGAUGAUAAAGAAUUGCUUAAAUUAGGAGUAUUUUUAAGAAAAAUAGCAGAAGAAAAUUGUUAAGAUGUUAGAGAUGCUCUUAAAUAAUAUAAUAAUGUCUAAGUAUACUGA